UGGGCUAUAGAAGCUGGACCGGGGUGCUGGACAGGCACAAACGGGAGAUGUCCGCUGCAAGGAUCCCGCAGCCCGUCAAUGGCUCCGUCCUCCUCACUCCCAGGGAUCUUCAGGACUUUGCUCAGGGGCUGGAACCUAGGGAGGCCCGGAGGGCCAGCUGAGGGGGCAAAGAGAGGCCUAAGGACUUCGUUGUCAGAAACGCACCCCAUCCAGGAGCAGGGGCAUGGACUACAGUGAGGGGGUUACCCGAGACCCAGCUGGCACCGUGGUGCCUCAGGAGCUGCUGGAAGAAAUGCUUUGGUUUUUUCGGGUAGAAGAUGCGACUCCUUGGAAUAGUUCCAUCUUUGCCCUGAUGGGUGUGGUGGUCGUGAUAAGCAUGGUCCUCUUGGGAAAGAGUAUCCAGGCAAACAGAAAUCGAAAGAUGCGGCCACCAGAAAAACAAACUUCAGAAGUCCUAGACUUGGAGGAGGCCGAAACCAAGGAUGACAACAACCUGAGCAUCCUAAGAGAGACUUUGCUCUCAGAAAAGCCGAAUUCGGCCCAGGUGGAAACUGAGUUAAGAGAGAGAGAUGUGCCAUCAGUUCCCCCUCCAGACCCACAGGAAUCUGAGAGCCCAGAGCAGUGCCCCACGUUGUUAGCAGAUAAAAAUGAAUGAACUGUACUCAAACUAAAAUUCUGUUAUUAAAAAAAACCUUUUUAUUAAAAUGCUUCUGGAAGUGCGCCGA